AUGAAAUUCCUGUUCUGUUGCUCAAUCAUCUCUGUAUCACAAAUUGAAACUGCCAUCGAUGGUGGACAAAAUCAUCAAAACUUUCAUGUAUUCUUUUCUAAUGAGCUUAAAACUGCUACUCAUGGCUUCUCUAGUUCGAACAAGAUCGGAGUGGGCGGGUUUGGUUCUAUCUACAAGGGCCGGCUUCAAGAUGGCACUUUUGUGGCUGUGAAAGUUCUUUCAAUUGAACUUAAAUCGAUGAGAGGUGAGAGGGAAUUUAUAUCUGAACUCGCUGCUCUAUCAGAUAUCACGCAUGAAAGCCUUGUUAAACUUAUCGGAUGUUGCAUUGAUGGAACCAAUAGAUAUCUUGUCUAUGAUUCCAUGGAGAAUAAUAGUCUCACCCAUUCUCUACUUGGCGGGGAGCAAAACAGGAUGAAAUUUAAUAUCAGGCGGGAUAUCUUGUUAGGAGUUGCUCGAGGGCUCGCCUAUCUUCAUAAGGGGAUUGAACCUCACAUUGUGCAUCGAGAUAUCAAAGCCAGCAACAUACUAAUUGAUCAGAAUUUUAAACCAAAAGUUUCUGAUUUUGGCCUAUCAAGGUUAUUAAGAGAUAACAACUCUUACAUUAGUACUGGUGUCGCCGGUACAUUAGGCUAUCUUGCUCCAGAAUAUGCCAUUAGUGGACACAUGACAAGAAAAUCGGAUGUUUAUAGUUUUGGAGUGCUACUUCUGGAAAUUAUCAGCGGCCGGCAAGUUGUGGUUUUUGAUUUAGAACAAGGGGAAUAUUACCUGGUCCAGAAGGCAUGGGAAGUUUACAAUGCUGGCAAUUUGGUGAAAUUAGUGGAUCCUACACUUCAGAUGAACUAUCCUGAAGAAGAAGCCAUUCGAUUCUUCAAGGUGGGACUGCUUUGCGUGCAAGAAAAUGUAAGGCUAUGGCCGACAAUGUCAGAAGCUCUCAAGAUGUUGUGCAAUGAAAUGGACAUUCAGGAUGUUCAGAUUUCACGGCCAGGGCUAGUUGCUGAUCUUAUGGAUAUCAAGUUGAACCAAAAAAUUGAUGGUUUUGAGGCUGUAGAAUCCUAA